AGUUAACAGUGGAAGUGAACCGACAGGGCAGCCUGUGAAACAUGACAGUGACCACUGUGUGGCGCUAUGUGUAUGAGACACGGCCCCCAGCAGAGCUCUCAGGUGAGGUUCUGUGACAGCAUUAUUGUGGCCUUCCUCAGAUGAGAGCACUGACUGCACUCACAGAAACUUUAUGAGGUGAAUCAAGUUCUUCAGGAAGCUGCUUAAGCUUAUAGAUCAUAGAGCUGGAGUGUUAAAGCCCAUGGAUAAACUAAGGGCUUUCCUGAGUGGUCGAGAGGGAAACAAUGACAAUCGUAAUAUAUUACAGGUAGCCAACGAAGCGUCCACCCUGGGCUGGGGGACUCGGGUGAAAGGCUUUGUAAUCUGUAUGGCGAUUGGACUGGGCUGCAGCGUCCUGGGAGUGUGUCUUCUAUUUAUUCCCAAGAUAGGAGUGAUUCUCUUCAUUGUGUUUUACACAUUUGGAAACAUUUGCUCAUUAUUCAGCACCAUGUUUCUGAUGGGGCCAGUGAAGCAGAUCAAGAAGAUGUGUGAUAAAACGAGAGCCUUUGCAACAGUUGUCAUGAUUACCUGCUUGGUGCUUACACUGUGUGCAGUUUUUUGGUGGAAGAUAUUUGCCUUGACAUUGCUGUUUGUUAUUUUACAAGUCCUCGCAUUUGCUUGGUAUGGACUCUCGUAUAUCCCAUUUGCAAGAGAUGCUGUAUUGAAGUUUUUCUCCAUGAUGUGCUCUAUGUGCAUGAAAUGAAGUCCUCAGCACGUCUGCCCUACCUUAGGUCUAUUUUAGCUUGGUUCAUGUUUUACAGCACACUCACCAAACUAGCCAAAAUGCUUACAUAUGGAUCCUUUACAGAUUAAUUAGGCCUUAAAAAAUAAAUUUACACUUUUGUUUUUACCCUUUUGAAUGUUCUAUGGGACGCAUAUUGUAACUAUAUAUGAUUACACCUAAAUUAUCUGUGCUGAUAAAAGGAACCUGUUCAAGUUCUUUGUUGGGUCAAGCUGAUGUUUAAAGAUUUGUGCAUAUGUAGACUAGAAACUUUGAAUACUGCUUUCUUUUUUACUCUUCUGUUGUUUCUACAGUUAUGUUCAGGUCUGUGUAACAUUGUAGAGUCAGCAAAUGUACCUCAAAUAACCUAAAGAAUAGGAUACUUUACAAAGUAAGGCCUAAAUGUACAUGUAAUGCUGGGUAAACUGUAAAUAAAUUAAUGUAUUAAUUACA